AUGGGUAGCCUGCAACACGGUGCGGCACAGAAGCGCUUCAGAAUAGUCCUUUGUGGGGAAGUGAGGCAGGGAGGCGGACUUAAAGCUGGGUGUGUGGAGAGUGGAGCGGUGACAGGGUGUGUGUCAUGGGAGAAGAAGAAGAAGAAGAAGAAGAAGAAGAAGAAGAAGAAGAAGAAGAAGAAGAAGAAGAAGAAGAAGAAGAAGAAGAAGAAGAAGAAGAAGAAGAAGGAAGAAGAAGAAGAAGAAGAAGAAGAAGAAGAAGAAGAAGAAGAAGAAGAAGAAGAAGAAGAAGAAGAAGAAGAAGAAGAAGAAGAAGAAGAAAAGAAGAAAGAAGAAGAAGAAGAAGAAGAAGAGAAGGAGGAAGAAAAAGACAAAAAGAAACCACUUCAACAUCAAGCACCACCACCUUCCUCCUUCUCCUCCUCCUCCUCCUCCUCUAACCAGCGGAGUGACCACUUCACCAGUACCAGCAGUCGGAGCGGAAACCACCAGACUAGCAGGCCUCGACUACCAUCCUCACCAUGGGUGAAAGGAAUGCAUAUAUAUCUUAAGCGGAAGCUGUACGUGGCGUGUAGAGAUUGUCAGAAUGUAGGAGAGGAGUGUGGCAGUGGUGUGAGAGGGUAUGAAGUGAUCGCAGAGUUGAGUCACUAUGCAAGCAGAAUCAGGGACCAGCGAGGCCUCCCACCCGCUGCUGUCCCGUGGCUUGCUGUGAGGCAGAGAGCGUCGCUGCACAUCCCUCCACGUGCAAUCGAUGCUGUAGACAGUGAGGAACGCAUAAUAAUACAGAAACUUGAUCAAUCUGUCACUACAAGCAAAAGAGUACCCUUAAAAACCCGUGAAGUGUCAGCUGAAGCCUUUGGAAAGCACUGGAGGUGUGGCGCACAACCGGACAGCUACGAAAAUGACACCGGACGAGGCCGCUCGGAGGGCCCGGCAGCAAGCCAGGCGCUGGGCCGCCAAGACAAGGACAAGAACGGGCACCUCCCCAUAGCAGACAGUCCUGAUGACGACAAUCUUGGCGACGGCCAAAUCUCCCUGGCCAUACUGAAAAAGGAAUGA